AUCAAACCCCAGAUACUCCGAAUACGUCCCCGUCACUAGACCGUCUGCUCCUCCCAACAAUCGUCAACCAGCCUGACAUAACCAUAAAUCCCUCUGCUCUGGUCUUCACCAAUCACACCACCCCGCCCCACCGCCCACCCACAGUCGUCGUCAUAGCCUCAGUUCCUUGGCGCGAUCCUCACCAAUCCUCACUCCCUCCACACAUCCAUCCAUAAAAUUAUCUAAAACUCCAUUCCAAAACUCUCAAGGUGGGGGUAAUAACUGUUGACUCGCCACAGUUUGACGCAGCGAGUAUUUUCUUUAGUUUGUUUUUCAAUUUGUAAUCGUCACGUCGUAAAAGCCCGUCGUUAUCGAGUCCUCCCAGCGUCAUCGUCAAUCACGCACGAGAAAUCGAAGGAAAAGUCAGUGCAUCAUCGGAGUGCGCGUGCCGGUAACGUCGGCUGUGUUUUCUCGAUGAACAAUAACAAUUUGGUGAGUGUCUGAGGACUAACCAAUACGAGAAAUUAUUUCCCAAGUGAACUGGGAAAAUCGUUUUAACCUAUUUGUGGACAUUACGAGUGUGCAACUCAGGGUUAACCUUCAAAUUACAGCAGCUGACACUCCUAGGCCAGGGAUACCUUGGGGUUUCCGUGGAAUAAGGAGCUCAGAGUGCUGGUGAUAAGGGAAUCAUUAGGGAUCGCCGGGGGAAGAUGUGAUGCGACUGCUAAGAAGCUUCGUUUUAUGGCUGAGAUGCAUUACACGUCAAUAUCACGAGAUUUGUCUGGCGAGUUUGUUUCACUCAAAAAAAUAUCGAAGUUUGAUAGUUUGGACUGUUGGGAUAAAACCUUUGCCAAUGAUACUAACUCUCCCAGUGGUCCCCUAUUGCGUGGUGACAUGAGCCAAGGAGGAGAGAGGUGUCAUAAGGAACGCAAGGAACAUCGUGACAAGUGUAGAGCAUACAGAAAGUACUCGGAAUUGACGCCACCGAGUCACCACAGCUACGACAAUUAUGGUAAUUCAGUGGCAAGCAAGUCAAAUUCCUUGCCGGGAAGAUGUAACGCACCUGUGCAGGGGUCGGGGCCGCUCGUGGCGACUGGAAUUCCAGCGGAGGACCUCGCCAGUCAGCUGACGAUCCUAGAUGUCGGGGUCUUCAAGGCAAUUCGCCCCGAGGAACUGUCCAGCUGUUCCUGGAAUAAGAAAAAUAAACUUGUGGUGGCACCAAAUGUCGUCGCUUUCACCAGGAGAUUUAAUCACGUGAGCUUCUGGACAGUACAGGAAAUUCUAAACUUCUCAACCCCGAAGCAACGUUCGGAAAUGAUCGCCCACUUUAUUCGUGUCGCGAAAAAAUUAUACGAUUUGAAUAAUAUGCACUCAUUAUUCGCUAUCAUAUCCGGUCUCCAAAGUGCGCCGAUAUAUAGACUGAAUAAAACGUGGGCCUGUCUCACGAAAAAGGAUAAAUGCACGUUCGAUAAGCUCGCUGAGGUCUUCAGUGAUAAGAAUAAUUGGAUGAAUCUCAGGGAGCACAUGGAGACGCUCAGAUUACCUUGCAUUCCUUACUUGGGACUUUUUCUUACUGAUCUUGUAUAUAUUGAUAUGGCUCAUCCCUCUUCUAAGAAUAAUGACAACCAUCAAAGGGCUAUUAAAAUGAACACUGUGCUGACGAGAGUAACGGUGUUUCAAGCCAGUGAUUACUCUAGCAUCAUUCCAUUACCAGAUGUUCAGAGAUAUUUGAACAGUGUCAGAUAUAUCGAGGAAUUGCAGAAAUUCCUUGAGGACGACCAUUUCAAACUAUCGAUGAAGCUCGAACCGAACUCUCCAGUGGCCUCAUCAAGCAGCAGUAAAGAGUCCGUGGGAGAUGUGGCAACCGGCGUUGCAGCCUUGUCCCUGUCUCCAGCUAGAGGUUGUGCAGGCUCCCUUCGUCUCCAUGCAGCCUCAGCAGCCAAUAAAUUCGUUCCAGGUCAUCGAAAAUGCCGGAGUUUAGGCACCAAGUUUCGUAGCACGAGCCUUCCACGCAACUUCCAUAAACAAGGAGGGCGGUACGGAACUUAUGGAACGUCUGGCAUUUUUGGAAAGGCAGCGGGAACGUCGCUGGAGCCUGGCCAAGUAACAGUGCGUCAUCUCCUGGAUGAUUCUGUACUCGAAGAGCCCCAUUUGGUGUCUCCAGUCGUUGACCUAGAUCAGAAUUCACCUGGAACUCCCACUGAUGCUCUCAAUGACGAUUGCAGUUUGCUUUCUAGAACGAGUACGCUACCGAUCCUGCCCUGUACGGUGGACGGUAUAAUGGAGCCCCGUUGUUCAAUGCAAGGGCUCUUGCGUCGGAAAGUUGUCCUCAGAGAUGGCAGAAAGCCUGCAGUAUCGACGUGGCAGAGAUACUGGAUCCAGCUCUGGGCUUCAUCGAUAGUCUACUUCUCCCCCAAAUGUUUCAAGGGCUCAGAAAGAUCUGACUUCAAACGUGAGCCCUACAAAAUGGUAUCAAUUCUCGGGUGGGUCAUUGAGUCGUCGGACAGUAUGUUUCAUCGAGACACUUUCCUUCUCACUGAUCCCAACAAGGGUAAUGUCUAUAAGUUCCGAGCAAGUUCUGGUGAUUUUGCUGAUCAAUGGAUUAAAGAACUACGGGCAACAGUGCGAGGCGGUGUAGAGAGAAAGCCAAUACCUGCUAAUCUCAUGUCCUUCGAGUAAACUGGAUUACUCGCUGAUUAUUUAUCGCGCAUCGCUUAUCACUCACGUAUAAAAUUACUUAUCACUCAAUGAUAGAGGAAACUGGAUUGAAAAACUAUCAAUUGCCAAUUUUCGUAAUGGCCAAAAACCAUAGGCUUUGAUAUUAAUGCUCAUUGUUGUUCCCCAGGCUUGAUAGGAGACGAGCCAAGGUGUCAAGCCACAUAAUUAAUUUUGUCAUCUUGUUUAUCUAUUUAUGAAAAAUUUUUAAAGACGUGCUCAAAUGAAAAAUUUCCAUUGCAAAGAUUUUUUAGUUGAUUUUUGAAAAAAUAUUACCGGACAAUGGGUGAUCCAUUCACGAAAUUCUGAAUGAAAUGACAGAUUAGACAUGAUGAACUUUCCGACCACGAUUUUUAUGUAGAAUAGAUAUUUCAUUUCAGCCCUUGAGAUUAUUCCAUUUAUGGGUUGUGAUCAGCAAAUGAGAUAUGUUUCAUAAUUAUCAAAAAUUAUGCUUUUGUAUUAAUUCUCAUGGGCUUAAUAACUGAGAAGACAGGUUGCCGAGUUAGCUCGUUAGUAUUCUCAUUUUGUUUCUCGAAUUAUUUAACUUGUACAGGGGAAUGGCGGAGAACAGGCGAAAUGCGUUCAAGUGAAAAAUAACAAUUUCAUAAAUGUGAGCAGUUGAUUUCUGCGGUGUUUACAUUUGUUAUAAAUGAUAUGAAAAACAAACAUUUUUCAGUGAGUCUACUAGCUCCAGAGAUGCAGAAAAUUCAAGACAGAAUACUCUGAGCGCAUCUUUGUGCGCCAUUUCCCUCCUUAAUUCUCAUAUUUUUUUUUCCACUGCCACUUUUGUCAGAAAUUACUGGAAAGUAUAACAUAGUCUUUUUAUUUUUUUAAAUUCGUUAUAUCAUCAGUGUGAGAAAAAAAAUGUAGGUGAAGCUUCAAUAGAGCUAUUAAGGUUAUUAUUUAGUUAGACAUUAGUAUUGACUUUUUUGCUCUCUAAAAGUUACUUCUGAAGCAGUACACCACGAUGGAGUGGCUAUUAUUUAUCACUGCGUUAUGAAUUAUUUUUAAAGACUCGUCUCGACGAGUAUCCUACGCUUACAUAUCUCGAUAUGAUUUAUAAUUAAAAUUGAAUAAAUAAACGGCAAAUGGUGAUGGAAAUUUAGGGGAGGAAGCAUCGAGACCAUCAAUAAUCAUUGAGUUGUCGCUCGGUAUGUGUCUGAGACUGUCAAUUAUAUUUUCAUGGCGUGUGAACAAAAUAGUUUAUUAACUGAAUACAAGACUAAAUUUUUAAGGUGAAAAUGGUUAAUUCUUCAACGAAAUAAGUAAUAACUGAUUUUGACAAUAUUGUCUCUAGUUUUUGUGAGGGGUAAUUAACCAAUAGAAUGACUCCUUUAAAUAAACUGAUUUUUAUUGUUUGGAUUAUUUGCUAAAUUAAAGGGUUGCUCCCAUCAUUUAUUCAGAAAAAUUAUUUAUUUCGAUUCCUCUCGAUUCAAAAUUCUAAGGGCCAUUGUAUAAAAUGAUUAACGAUUAGACGUUACCAAAGUACUCAGUUUUUAGUUUUUUUUUUAGAACAAAUGUGGAUUAAAAUAAUGAUAAUGUAAAAUAUGAAUCGAAAUGCGUCAUCGCUGUGUAGCUUGCCUUUUUAAAUCGGCAUAUCAUUAGGCAUAAUUCUGACCAACGAUGAAUUCGUUGAGCACUUCAUGAUACUUAUUAAUGUCUCGUUGUAUAAUUUUUCAUUCGCAUUGAUCGAAAACGAUCAGGGAGAAAUCAAAAUGUUUAUUUUUGAUUGAAAAGCUAAUUGACAUUUUCAGUUGAGAUUUAGUGCUCUUCGACAUGAAUGUUUGAUAGUCUGAUAUAUUUAAUGCCUAUUAGGAAUGUUAUUUCUUCGUUUAUACUGUUGUAUUCUGUAGACACGUGGUAAAGAAAGAUCCCGAAGGUAAUGGGUUUAGCGAAAAAUGUCACCAGAUUUGUUUCGAGGAUAAUUAAGUGACAUCAAUCUUCAAGAAUACUUUUGGAAUAAUCAUUA